UGGCUGUUUUGACGUUUACUGACCGGAAGUUGGUUUCACGUGACGAGGCAUCCUAUUCGAAGACGCCAUUCAUGUUGAUGUUUGCCUUGUGCUCCAUUUAACUGCUUUCGUUGUUUGUUGCUGCUUCUUGUUAUUUCGUUGCUGCUGUUCCAUUUUGUUAUUGUUUCUUGUUAUUGUUUAGUUUGUUUUAGUAAACAUGAGUGAUUCCCAAGAAACGCUCUAUAAGUGUGAGGAAUGCAGUUCAGAGUUUAAAAUGCGAAAGAACCUCUACGCCCAUAUGAGGAAAGUUCAUGAACUUGAUAUCCAUGUGUCUAAAAAAGGAAAAGGCAGUGAAUUGUGUCCCCAGUGCGGAAUUGCAUUUAUGAGAUGCAGUUCAUUAAAACGUCAUCAAAUAACUGUGCAUGGCAUGAAGUCGGAGGAAAACAGUCGGAAAUGCCGCAUUAUUUGCCCACAGUGCUCUCUCUCGUUUCUCACCUAUGACACACUGAGAAGACAUAUUCAAGAGAACCAUGACGUUAGUUUUGAGUGCCAGGAGAUAGAAUUUGGUUGUCUUGCAGACUUUGAAGAGUGGAAAAUUUCUUACGAAAAAGUAAACCAUGUUCGUUAUGUAAUGAAUUGUUCGGAGCAGGAGCGACUAGAAAAACGUGUUCGAUAUUACCACUGCCAUCGCUCUUUCAAUUUCAAUUCUAAAGGAACAGGUGCCAGGUGUGUCAAAAGUAUGGGCACGAAUAAAAUAGGCAGUACUUGUCCAUCCAACAUGCAAGUGACAAUAACAGAGGACAAAUGCUGCUUAAAAUUUUUUCCAAAACAUAUGGGACACACCCAAGAUGUUGGAAGAACAUUUCUGCAUAGGAACGAGAGGGCAGAAUUGGCAGGGCGGCUGUCACAGGGUGUUCCUGUUGGACGAGUUUUACAAGAUGUCCUAAGUGCACCAAUCGCUGCAAGUGUGGAGAGAAUCCAUCUCCUUGAGAAAAAAGAUUUGCAUAAUAUAAAAAGGGAUUUUGAUAUUGGUUAUGCAACGAAGAAGCAUGAAAAUGAUGCAGUGAGUGUGAAAUUGUGGGUUGAAGAAAUGAAGAGACAAAGUGACAACCCAGUACUGUAUUUCAAGCAGCAAAAACAAGUGGAUCCUAAUUUUCAAGAUGAAGACUUCAUUCUUAUUAUAAUGACAGACUUUCAGGCCGAACAACUUCUAAAGUAUGGAGAAGAUAAAAUAUGUGUGGAUGGCACUCAUGGCAUGACUGCAUAUGAUUUUCAACUUUUUACUAUUGUUGUUGUUGAUAGAUUGGUGCUGGAAUGCCAGUUGCAUUUUGUUUUUCAAAUAGGGGAGACAUGUGCUUACUGUCUUUUUAUUUCAAAUGUGUGA